AUGAAGGUCUCCCUUGCCCUCCUCUUCGCCCUCUCGGCUUCGGCCAUCGCCGCCCCCGUGGCCGCUCCCGACGCUGCCCCUGUCGCCGCCCCCGAGGCCGACAACGCGGCGCGCUUCAUUGGCUGGGGCGCCAUCUCCGGACCCCCCAAGUGGAAGAAGGACGCUGAGGCCGUCGAGGCCCGCGCCCCCGAGGCCGACAAGGAGACCCGCGACGCCGAUGCCUUCAUUGGUUGGGGUGCCAUCUCUGGCCCCCCCAAGUGGAAGCGCUUCAUCGGCUGGGGCGCCAUCUCUGGUCCCCCCAAGUGGAAGAAGGAUGCUGACGCCUUCAUUGGUUGGGGCGCCAUCUCUGGUCCUCCCAAGUGGAAGCGUUUCAUCGGCUGGGGCGCCAUCUCGGGUCCCCCCAAGUGGAAGAAGGACGCUGAGGCCAGCGAGGAGCAGUAA